AUGGUCGGCGCUAACGCAGACGAGACGAUGAAACACCAAGCCAUUCUUGUCACCAUCGGCGCUUCGUCGCCGCUGGAGAAAUAUCCAGCGAAACAGCACGCUCGCCAAGUCGCCCAGCGCCUUGGUGUCAAGGACGGCCUGAUCUAUCUGCCAGGUGCCCCGACCACCUACCUUGAGGAUAGUGAUCAGUUCCUGCCGUUCCGUCAGCGCCGCUACUUCUAUUAUCUCUCAGGUGUCGAUGAACCAGACUGCCACCUCACUUACGACUUCCGUCUGGACCAACUGACUCUCUACAUUCCCGAAAUCAACCCCAGGAAGGUCAUCUGGAACGGCCGUGGAUCAACUGCCGAAGAGGCUCUCGACAAGUAUGACAUUGAUAAAGUGUCUUGCUCAAGUGAAGUUCAGGACUUUGUCGGAGAAUGGAUGGCGACUAACAAAGGCGACGUCUAUAUCCUUCAUCCAGACCAGGCGGCAGAACCCGGACAGGACAAGUCACCUCGUGUCAACUACACCAAGCUUAAGGUGGCCAUUGAUACGGAGCGUGUCCGCAAGGAUCCUCACGAAAUUAAGCUGAUCAAACAUGCCAAUGCCGUUAGUGCGAAGGCUCACCGUGAGGUGCUGGCAAGCCUGUCUAGGUUCAAGAACGAGGCCCAAGUGGAAGCCAGCUUUCUGGACACAUGUAUCGCAGAAGACGCAAAGCACCAAUCGUAUGAGAUCAUAGCGGCCUCCGGAGAGAAUGCCGCCACCCUUCAUUACGUCAAAAACGAUGAGCCAUUCGGAAACCGCCAGCUCAUGUGUCUCGAUGCUGGCGCAGAGUGGCAAUGUUAUGCGAGCGACGUAACUAGGACCUUUCCACUUUCUGGGAAAUGGCCAUCUGAGGAAGCCAAGAACAUCUACUACCUUGUCCAAAAGAUGCAGUCCGUUUGCAUCGAAGCAAUUCGUCCCGGUGUUAGAUUCUUAGACCUUCAUUAUAUGGCCCACAGAAUCGCUAUUCAGGGCAUGCUUGAACUUGGAAUUUUCCACAAUGGAACUAAGCAGGAAAUCUUCGAUGCCGGCACCUCACUUGCUGUCUUUCCCCACGGCCUUGGCCAUCAUUUAGGCCUUGAGGUCCAUGAUGUCUCAGACGUUCCACUGAUGACUGCAGAAAAUUUUGCUCUUGGACUUCCUGUAUAUGAUUCAGAAUGUUGCAAAGCUCCUGUGCAUCCAUACAGCGGCGCUUUAGAGGAAGGCAUGGUAAUUACGGUAGAGCCUGGAAUUUACUUUUCACGCUAUGCCCUCAAGAAGCUCUACUUCACCGACCCGACUCAUUCCAAGUAUAUCAACAAGGAAGUCAUUGCAAAGUACCUUCCUGUUGGCGGAGUACGCAUCGAAGACGAUAUCCUUGUCACCAGCAAUGGCUAUGAAAAUCUCACAACUGCUCCCAAAGGAGAAGAGAUGCUCCGCAUUGUCAACGAGGGCUUGAACUCAAACAUCCACAGCAACAAGGAACCAGGAAAUGGCCACUUGUUCCAAAGUGUGAACCACGACUCGAAGAAACAUACCUGUGAUUCGAACACAAUCUUACCAUCUCACGGACAACGCAAGCGCUUUUACUCGGUUGAGGAUUUCGUCCAUCCACAUGAGUGGGAAAGGAUGGCAGCACAGACGACUCGAAGACACGUAGAUGAGCGCCAUGUUGGUGAUAUCCAUGCUCCGGAUCUUUUGCCUAUUCAUAAUGACUGUCAUCGUUCCCAUGAGUUUCUGACUGCCGAAUCUGAUAGUCUGACAAUGAAGGACGGCCAUCAGAUCACAAAUAACACGCAGCCCCAGGAGCUUCCCGAAAACAAUACACACAAUGCGGGCGUGCAAACUGGUACCAAAGCCAAGCAGGGCCACUGGAGCAAGGUCCCCGGUGCUCUUGCUCGGUAUGCAUCAAGCAACAACAUCCGCUUUCAUCUUGAUAACAAUGGAGGAUACAACGUGGCCGGCAGAGUUACCGGCCCAGAUAAUGGGUACAAGCCUCCUUCGACAUUCAAAAGUUAUCCGCAACUCCGUUUCAAGGGACUGGAAGAUUGCUGCACGCGAUGUACAAGGCAACCCCCUCACAAAAUGGGCUUUUGCAUAUACUGUCUGUUCGUCAUCGGAAUGGACUUGACGCAGGAUGAAUCGCCAGAGGACAGGAAACUGCUAGACAAAUGCGAAAACCGUUGGGGCCCCAUUAACCCUGCUGUACUCGAACCUCAAAAUCAGCUACACCACAUCACCAAGCCAUUCAAGCAGCCCGACCUGCCGGCUAAAGCUCCCGAGCUGCCGUCAAAGCCGCUGGCUUAUCAUCAUAGUUUUCAGUCACUGGUCCUACCACACCGUCAUCUCGGAGCUCACGAGCGUGGUCUUUCCAACGCUUCGUUCCGCACUCCAUCUCCGGCUUCGGUUGAUACUCCUGGCGCCCCAAACCCGUGGGCCGAUCCUGCGGUCAGCAAGUUCCGUCGAGACCGCGAGAUAACACUGUUCGGUGUGGAUGGAAAUUCUCACCACAACUGGACGGCGGCGCCACAGCCGCUUCCUAAUUCGACUGAUGAUGGUCGUGGGAAUUCUUACGGCGGCUGUCCAACGUCUGCUUACAGGGGCUCGUAUGCGGGCCCUUACACUUACUAG